UUUAAAUAUAUACAUUUCAAAUAUUUUAAUUUUUAAACAAAGUAAUUAAUUUAAAAUCAUUUUUAAAUUUUCAAAUGAUAAGAUUUAAAAUAGAUUCUUUUGACUAUCUUAUCCUAAAUGAAAUGAAGUGUAAAAUUAAAUUUGCAAAAUUUACAAGGGAAUGGGCGUCAAAACAAGAUCUAAAAUAUGGAAUAAAAAUUCCAAAAUAUAAAUUUUAAAUUUUCGAAAAAGAAAAAAAAAAGAUUUAAAUCUAAAAUCCUUCUCCUCUCUAAAGCCCCCAAAAUACCUUCAGAAAAAUAAAUCUCAAGAAGAAACCCAUCGUUCUUGUUUUCUUCUUCUUCCGUUUCGCCGGUGAAAACAUGCAUUUCGACCGUACAAAUCCCACCGGCGACGUCGAUAAAGAUCAAGAAACCACAGUCUCUGCAAAAGAAGGAACCACCGAUCGAAACCUCAGCGACGAGGAUGAUCAUCUUCCGCUAAUAAAGCGAAAGAGAACCAAAGUCCAUAUAAGCUCAAAGCGACACAAACUGUUAAGAGAAAGAAGACUAAAACGCCCACUCCCCCUACGAAUCGCCGAUCCAAUUCCCAAAUUCGACGAACAACCAGAAGAAUCGCCACGGAAGAACUUGAUAUUCGUCGCAGAAAGCGAAAGCGAUAGCGAUACGGAUCGAAAUCGAGAAGCCCUAGCAAUUGCAGGUUUAGCGGACAUAGCCGAAACAAAUCAAGAAUUAAUCCAAAACAUACCUGAAGAAUACAAGAAUCUGAUGAUUUUCAUGGGAGGAUCGCGGAGUGCGAGCCCUAAUUUGGUACUGCAGAAGCGAUUGAGGAAGGGAGAUGUGGAGGAACGGCGAAAUCGGUUGUUGAUUCCUCAGAGGAAGAUCAAAACGAAUUUUCUGGAAGUGGAAGAAGAGGAGAAGCUGAACAGAGAUAUUUGGUGGAUGGUGGAGAUUAUUGAGCCGGAUUGUUCAGUGAGUUUGAUUACGUUGAGUAAAUGGGAGACGUGGAAGGGAGUGGCGUAUGUGUUCAUAACGGAGUGGAAUGGAUUGGUGGAGAGGAAUGAGUUGAAGGAAGGUGAUUUGAUGCAGCUAUGGAGUUUUCGUGCUGCCGGCGGCGGCGGCGGCCGCCGUGGACGGCUCUGCUUUAUGCUUCUGGAGUUGGAUGAUAACAGAGAAGAAAAUGAUAAAGUUACUCCCUCUCAAUCCUAGUGGUUGAAGAUUUUUGGAGGGUAUUGUGGUAAUUUUGUAGUUUUUUUAGAGGGAGUAUUAAUAUUUCCUUUAAUGGAAAAAAAGCCCAAACCAUUUGUACAAAAUACAAAAUACUUUGAUAUGUUCUAUUAAGAAUGUAAAAUUGACAAAACGAGCAUAAUUCAAUAAGCUUACGGAUGUCUUUGUGACCAAAAUGACCUUUAAUAUUAGAGGGCAAAUAUGUCACUAA